ACGGCACGGAGAACCAUUCAAUAUGACAUGUUUUUCGCUUCCUUCGCGUCAAUCUGACGCCCUUAGACGACCUUCCUAUUUAAAGAUGUAGACUUGGUGAUUCACACAGGAACAUGAGGUAUUUAAAGGGUCACGUAUACGAUUGAACGAAGUGCAACACAUCGAUACUAUCCUUUCAGUACUGUUCAAGAAACCGUCACUUACAAUGUCUGACUUACACUUUCGAAUCGCCACUGAGGAUGAUGCCCCUCGUCUUCAAGAGCUCAUCGAAGCAGCGUUCCGCUUCACAGACGCUCACAUCGACUGGGUCGGAUCUCCCGAAUUAGCUGAAACAUUCAACAUUGAUAUAUCCGUCAUUGUCAACCGAAUCGCUUCAAAUGAUAGUAAAUUCCUGGUCGCCAGCGACACCACCAAGGGCCCUAUAAUCGGGUGCGUCAACGUUAUGAGAAAGGCCCCCGAUUACGGCCGUUUAUGUCUCUUAGCUGUCGAUCCGACACUGCAGCGGGGAGGUCUGGGCAGAAAGCUUGUUGCAUAUGGAGAAGAGUAUCUCAUGAAGGAUUUUGGUGUUGGCAAGAUUGGGCUGAAUGCGCUGCAUACGAGGAAGAGCCUGAUUAAGUGGUAUGAGAAGUUGGGGUAUGUUAGGACGGGGGAGAUGACCACGAUUCCGCUUGAGAGGUUUGAAUCGGACACGCCUAUUGUGUUGGCCGAGUUGGAUAAGACUGUUGCUUGAGUUGAUGCUUUCAUAACAUGUGACAACAUUGGAGGAUGGUAGCGUUGAUGAAUGAGAAAUUGACAAGUUGAGCCACCAUCUAGAUGGUUACUUAGAGACAUUACCUUCUUGAAUAUUUUUAUCCCAUUGAUGUGCAGAUAACCCGCGUCAACAUGGGAACGAACAUCAGUGCAAAUCGUUUGGAGGAGGAGCGAGACGGAAAGAAAUGCGAUAUCUCAACGUUUCAUCCCCGUUCUUCUUUUCGUGUCUCCAUACAAACAUCCUCGCGCUACAUUGACGACAAUAUGAUAGUGAAUAAACGGAUAUAGAUCAGCA